AUAAAAAAAUAUAAUAAUUACAAUAUGCAAACAGCGUAAAAAUCCCCUGUACAGAAAUGGUCCAGUGUUUGGGGCGACAGAUGCUCUAGAUUUGUCCUUCACGCUUCUUGCAUGUUUUGGGACAAUUGGAAAGUGACAAUCUUUUGAAAACGUUAAGAGCGCUACUUAAACUACCAUUAUGAAUGUAGUUCUGUGAAAAUGUCUUCGAAAUUUGUGGAAUUUAGCAUCUAUGGAAAGUUAUACUUUCUUUGGAUUUUAUGUUUUGUGAAAUUAUCCAAGGGAACAUCUAUUACACUUACCUGUUCUGCAGGAUGGGUUUUGUCGGGAACUAUGUGCUACAGACUAUAUGGCCAAGAUACCCUCACCAGCUCUACGUGGGACAAUGCAUAUCGGGUGUGCAAGGGCAAUGGUGCAGAGAUGGUAACCAUUGACGACUACUUCACCAAUCAGAAUGUCUGUGAUUUUGCGUCAGCACGGAAUUCCAACAAGUUUUGGACAGGAAUGAGUGAGAAGGGUAUUACCACUCAAAAUGGAGUGGCCAUGACUUGGAACAUGAAUGUUGCAGCAUCCAUUUAUCAGGGACAAUGGUCGGUGAAGAACCCAGAUAAAGCUCACGGAGAUUGUGUCUACAUAGAGAAGAAAGAUGGAGAGUAUGUUUGGACUAUAAACAGCUGUCUGAUGAAGAUGGCAUUCGUAUGCCAAAGAACUCCCUGUCUACCUCAGAGUUUUCACUGUGACAAUGGUCGCUGUGUUAACUCCAACUGGCGCUGUGAUGGCGUGGAUGACUGUGGAGAUUUUUCGGAUGAAGUGGAAUGUGCAGAAAGAUGUACUUUCUUGCUAGACACUGCUAGCUCUGGAAGAAUCCAAUCUCCAAACCACCCCUCAAACUACCUACCUUCCAGAGUGUGCACAUGGACAAUAGUUGGACCAGAAGGGUCCAAUAUUUAUUUAGAGUUUACAUCCUUUAACACGGAGAAAGACACAGACAUUGUGGAGGUCCUUAUUGGGGGCCGUACGGAGUCCACCGCCCGCUCUGUGGCCCGCUUGUCAGGACAGCCUAGUCUCUCAACGGCCAGAUACAGAAGCUACAACAACUUCAUGAUCAUCCGAUUCUCCACAGAUUCCCAGACAGAGAAAGUGGGCUUCACAGCCAAUUACAAUAGCUCACGAGAUAGUUAUCCCAGAGAGUUGUACAUGACCGCUAGAACCACAGUCAGUACCUUGGAACCUCCUCUAUUUAGCUCUCAUGGAAGUAAUGCAUACCUGGGAAAUCGGGACUACGUGUGGAUUAUUAAAGCUGAGGAACGACAGAAAAUAGUUACCCUAGAGAGAAUGAAAAUUGACCUGACAGGAGAUGACGUGAUAGAGAUUCAUGAUGGAGACUCGGGCAAUGCCCCUCUCCUGGAGAAGUAUACGUCCAGUAACAACGACGAUGUGGACCUCCCUCUCUCCCAGUCAGAGCCCAUCAUGGGGAAGAGGUUCGUGUUCUCCACAAGCAAUGUGAUGUACGUCAUCAUGAGGACCAGUGGUUCUACGUCAGGCACUGGGUUUUCCUUCCAGUUCAAACAAGGAUGCGUUGCUAGAUACACUGUGGAUGCAGGGGAGAUAACCAGUCCAGGAUAUCCUAAUGUGAAUUAUGCCAAUUUCCAGACAUGUACUUGGACUAUAGAUAUACCUAGUGGCAAAGGGGUCAAGGUUAUGUUGGAUAGAUCAAAGGGCUUCGAAAUUGCUGAUAAUGAGGACUUCAUUCAGCAAUGA